UCUUCGAAAGUGGGUCCUAUAUUCUUUAAUUGUGUGCACUCGGGGCUGGAUAACCAGAGGAGCGCAUUCCCCCUCGUUCCCCUGCCAAUAUAAGGGACACAGGUUCCAGAGCUAGGGGCACUCAGCAGUUGAAGGAGAAUAAGGGCCAAUGUUGUCUUCUACGAGGUUCCCAUCAGCCCAGUGAGGGGGCGAAGGUGUGCCAUUGGAGUUUGUACGGUGGACUGGAUGGUCAGCCUCUCUGAUGGUCUUUUAGACACCUUACAGCGAAACAACAACGCAACGAGACGUAUCAGGGCUGAGAAUCAUCAGGGCAACCGUAAUCUCAUUUUAAUCAUUAUUAUUAUGUAUCUUCAUAUUUCUACUGAUGUGUGCUGUUGCCAUACCUACAGGUCUAUUAUACCUUUAAGGCCUAAAAAAGGAAGAUUGUGAAAGCAGCCAACUGUUUAGACCUGCAUGGGGAGAGUUCACACAUAGACGUACCUGUAUAUUAGUUGUCUAAAAUGUGUUGCGUUGUAUUUCUAAAUCUUGAAGUUGACCUAUAGCUUAAUACCAUUAAAAGGGAAAUUGUUUACUUCAACUAAUGACGCUACACAGUGAUGUGGCUGUUUAUCAUCUUCUUUGAAUAUUACUUAUUGCAUAAUAUCGGGUUUUUUUUUAUUUCACCUUUCUGUUUCAGAGAAAUUGAAAUGAUGACAGAUAAAAAUGGAUGUGGAUGUGUUGUUUUUAAUGUGGGUUAUGGUUAACAGAGGGAGAGAGAGAGAUUGCCUGCUUGCCAGGAAGCCAUUAGCCAACAAAGACAUGGAGGGUAAGUACUCAUUUCAUGGAUUAUUAUGAUGUACCUGUUAUUUAUAUACAGUUAGUGUUGGAUUUGGGUUUAAAUAUUUUUCAUAGAAUGAAGAUUACAUGUUUGAACAUAGUUAUUGAGUUAAUAGUCAUUGAUGAUUUGCAAAAUACUUAACAUUGGAAAUCAAACCAUAUAUUUAUCUUUUGUUGUGCUUAAUUCUACCCAAUUUUCGUUUGUAUUCUAUAGAAACAACAAUGGACCCCAAUCUUCUUGUGAGCUAUUAUUUUACCGGCAUCCAAAACGAGACAGAUUUGCACACCGUUCCUGAUGGAUGUAAAAUAGUGUUUGGAGCAAUGAUCUAUGGCAUUUUCAUCCUCAGUAUCAUAGGAAAUACGAUCCUCUUCCAUGCUCUUUACUGCAACAUGAACGUGAAGAAUGUCACCGACAUGUAUUUCCUCCACCUUGCCUGCUCGGAUGUAGCCUUAACAAUCGCCCUGCCGUUCGCGGCCACUGGGCUGAUCCACGGUUGGUGCUGUAGUGAAUUAGUCUGUAAGCUUGUUGUAAGUUUAUAUUACUGUGGGAUGACCUCAAGUAUCAUACUAUUGACCGCCAUAUCAGUGGAUCAGUUCAGCACUGUUGUCAUCCAGAAUGGGUGCAUCGUCCCAGUGAAGAGACGAAGGUGUGCCAUCGGAGCCUGUACCAUGGCCUGGAUGGUCAGCCUGGCUGUGGUUGUCCCUUGCCCCUUCUAUUCGAUGGUAGUGAAGCUAGAGGAUGAAGCUUUUCUGUGCUUUUCUCACCAAAUUCACGCCUUUUUUUCUCUGCUCUCAAUCUGCUUGUUUGCCGUCAUUGUGUUCUGCUAUUCGGCAAUUCUCUGGACCACGGUGAGGGCUUCAACCAGAAAGAAGCUCAGGACUGCAUCCCUCGCAUUAUGUAUAUCUGUAGCCUUCUUUGUUUGCUGGGCUCCUCACACUAUAUUGAUGAAAACUAGUUCCAAGAAGUUGGUUUUGAAGCAAACAUUUGCAUAUCAUGUCACGUUUACAGUGUCUCUCUCUCAUUGUUGUAUCAAUCCCAUGAUCUAUAUGAUGUCACCGAAGUACCGUAAACAUGUACAGAGUGUCUUUUGUUGUGAAAAGGUGCACACAAAGAGAUAGAGAUAGAGUUAAUUAUCGUAAUGUUUAAUGGGAAUGCAGAGUGUGAAAGCCUGGUAUAUUGUACAUGGAGUGUGCACGCCAUUCUUUUAUGGCCAAUGUGGUCAUCGUUGUGUAAAUAUUCUUAUCCUGCAAAUGUAUACAUACAAAGAUUGUUGAUUGAUGUUUUAAUA